AAUAACAACAUUUGCUGUAGUGUUACAUCGUUCUCUUCUCCCUAGUCACAGAUCUAACACAAGCAUUUUUAGAACUUAAACUGUUGGUUUACCGAAUUACUUUGGAAAAAGAAACCUUAGCGAUUCUUGUUUUAAAAAUAGAUCUAGAAUCUAGAUCUAGUCUAGACAAUAAUUAGAAUUAGGCUAAUUUCUUGGUACUCUUCAUGGGGUGAGGCCAUGGGGGAUAAAAAAAUAAUUACUGAAGACUCAUAUGUCAGGCAUCUGCCUUUUUCAAGUAUUUUAAACUUGUCAUCAAUGCUUGAUACUGAUGGACUUUGGGAACAACUUGCUGUCAGGAUACCAACUAAACCAGAUCUUCUAUUCAACAAUCAAGAUGAAAACUUUGUACAUAGAUAUACACAAGCCCAUGUUGAGAAGAUUUCUAGAACAAAUUACUCAAGGGGUGGAAGCUGUACAAAGUUUCUUCUCAUGGACUGGGGGACACAGAACUGUAAGGUCAAGCAUCUAAUAGAGGCCUUAGUCCAAGCCAAGCUUGUGAGUGCUGCUGAUUACCUAAGAAAGCUUGUCACAGCAGGCCAUGGUCAGAUGUCCAGUAGUGUAACACCAUCCCCUAGUGAACGAACCCGUUCCCUCCCUAGCUUGCCGUCCAGCAAUGCGUCAAACUACAAUGAGCAAGUGACAGGUGUUUGUCGUCCAGUUCCUAACAGUAACGGCCAGUCACAGGGCGUACCUGAGAUACCUGACAACUACAAUGAUCCUGUUGGGCAGACAAUUACUACAAUAUCUGUUAAAAGUGAAGGUGAUAUGAAAGGAGAAGGCAGUGCCCCAAUGGAGUCACCUACAGUACCUGACUACACUGAUAUAGAUUUGAAAGAAAUUAGAUAUGAUAUUCUUCGCCAAAUUACAAAUAACUUUGACACAAGGAACUUGAAAAAUGGGGGUAACCUCAUCGGAGAGGGAGGCUUUGGGACAGUUUUUCUUGGCAUGUUCAACACUGGGUUUAAGAUUGCUGUUAAAUGUUUGAAAGAUGACUCUGAUGAUUGUUCUGGCCAGUUUAAAACAGAAGUGGAGACCCUGUGCAAGUUCAAACAUGAGAACCUAGUCUACCUGCUGGGGUACAGCUUAGAUGGGGACACCAAGUGCCUGAUAUAUCAGUACAUGUCUAAUGGGUCUCUAGAGGACAGGCUGGCAUGUUUGUUUGAUUCUCCCCCUUUGUCAAAUAACAUGAGGCUACACAUUCUCACAGGCACAGCUAGAGGGAUAGACUUUCUACACAAGGGGGGUCUUAUUCACAGGGAUAUCAAAAGUGCCAACAUUCUACUUGAUGCAGAGUUUAACCCUAGGGUAGGAGACUUUGCUACAGCUAAACUCACCCCCUCAGGCAUGACAACAAAGGUGAUGAAGGCCACCACAGUUAUAGGCACGGCCCCGUACCUGGCCCCAGAGGCGUUCAACUUUACCCUUCACAACGGGCUGGAUUGCUUUAGCUUUGGUGUAGUUAUACUGGAGGUCUUAACAGGUCUCCCAGUGUGUGACCCUGGUAGAGAAACAGCAGAUCUGAAAUUGUACGUGCAGGAGUUCUGCUGUUGUGGGGAGGAUGAGGAGGAGUGUGGCACGAUACACGACCUGUUAGAUAAACGCGGGGGUGAGUGGGAUGCCGACGUUGUGGAGAAAUUGUACGCCUUGUCUUGUCGCUGUCUGGAAUGUAACCGCAAGCUACGGCCGAAAAUGUCGGUUAUUUUAACAGAGUUGGAGAGUUUAGGCGCGACAGGAGAGGCAGCAGCUAACAGUGAUAAUAGUUAAAUUAUUUGUAAAAAACUAUUUGUAAUUUUAACUUACAAAUUAAAAGAUAGGCCUACUUGUUACAAUUUUUGUAAAAAAAACAAAAAAAAACCAGUGUAUUAUUAAUUUUCAAAUAAAAAAAUGCUGG